AUGUCGAGAGCUCGUGAUAUCCUUCGCCAAGUAUAUUUCGAAAAGAUUGCGAUUCAAAUGACUCGCAAAGCACCAGAGAGAAUUCGUCGUAAACGCCAUGUUCCCAAGAUUCCGGAAAAUGAUGCAUACGUUGCUGCCUGCAGACAUGUCGCAAAUUUCCUUUACAACCACGGUAUGGAAAUGGCAUUAUUUACUGCAAGCGUUGAGAGUGGUGGUGCUAUUCCAAAGAAGAGUUUGCCUGUCCCAGUUGGAAACAUUCUCGGUUUAAGCGAUCAAAAACACUUAUACAUGCAAGUUUUACGUUCUGUUAGACCACCAAAAUCCAAUGUAAUAUCAAGAGAUAUCAAGAAACCUCAUCAUCGUCAUCAUCACCAUCAACAUCAUAGCAAGAAGAGUAACUUAACUCCAACAGAAGCUUACAUGGUAUCCGCAGAAGAUAUUAUUCGCCGUGGUCCAAAUGAAAUUCGUCAGCUUGGAAUUGAUCCGCUCGAUCCAACUGCUGCACAACAAUUAUACGAUGAUUUCAAGAUGUUCUUAAACUACAAACGAAACAAGAAGGAAGAAGCUGCAGCACCUCCUCCUCCACCUCAGCCGGUUUAUCAGCCAGCUGAACCGUUACCAGUUCCACCUUCCCCACCGUCAGUUCAUUCAUCACGAAAGUCAUCAACUGUUAAAUCAGUAUCAUCUCGAAAGGCAUCUACUGCAAAAUCCGUUAGUACAGCUAAAUCUUCUUACAUUGUUGAAGAAGAGGAGGAAGAGGUUGUUGAGAAGCCUCAGUCGUCAACUGUCAAAGAAUCUGAAGCUGAAGAAGAAGUCGAGGAAGAAGAUGAAGAAGAAGAUAUGGAAGAGGAAGACGAAGAAGAGGAUGAAGAAGAAGACAUAGAAGAGGAAGAAGCUGGUGAAGAAUAA